AUGUCGGAAGAGGAGCAACAGUCUCAGGAUGGAGACAAACCCGACCUACCCCAGGACCAAUCCCAGACUGAUUACCAGGCACGCGCAGAAGACGAUGAAAACACACCUGACGUCACGUACGCCAACAUACCAGCCGACCCUUCCAUGGACCAACCCGAGACUGAUCACCAGGCACGUGUGAACGACGUUAGAAACACACUCAACGCCAAGAACGCCGGCAUUCCAGACCGCGCGUACCCGGGUGUCUGUAGUUUCCUCUACGCCCACCGCAGCUGCCUCGCCGCCGGCAUCGCCGUGCUGCUUAGCCUGGGACUGGCCCCUCUGACGUUCAGCAAUAAAGAGGAAAUAUCUCAAUUGUCCACAACAAUUAAAAGCGCCCAAGGCCACAUCAACCAACUGACCAAUGCCGUUGAUGCCUUGAAACGCGACCAAGACAACAUGCGCCAACUUUCAACAACUGUUGACGCCUUCAAACGCGACCUGGACAACGAGCGAACCCGAACUGCCGCCUUAGAGCAGCGUCUUCACGAGAUUGGGAAGGAAGGUUACACACUGUGGCGUGGAAUCUGCUACAAGGCCUUCAAUUCACGAAAGAACUUCAACGGUGCGGCCGCGGCCUGUCGCGAAGAUGGCGGCACCCUCGCCAUGCCCCGAGACGCUGAGACCAACGCCUUCCUGGUCUCCCUGUACAAUUCCGUGCACAGCGAUCGGGCUUUCUGGAUCGGCCUGCACGAUCAGCGAGAAGAGGGAAGGUUUGAGUGGGUGGACGGUUCUGCACUUGGGCCGUACAACUCCUGGGGUAUGGGAGAACCGAACGACUCUGGGGAUGGCGAAGAUUGCGUCAGUUACUCAGAAGUCGAAUCCACGGAAAACAUGUGGAACGACUUUGACUGCAACGGACUGAUUAAUUUUAUAUGCCAGACUGCUCCAGUCAGCUGUCCUCUUGGGUAUUGGAAAUGGCGUGGAACCUGCUACAGUGUCGUCAACGACAAAAAGUCAUUCAGCAACGCGACAACGACCUGUCGCAAAGAUGGCGGCACCCUCUUCAUGCCUAAGGAUGCUGAGACCAACGCCAUCCUCAUCUCCCUGGCGGGCAAGCAAAGCCACUGGAUCGGCCUCCAUGAUCAGCGCGAGGAAGGGCACUUUGAAUGGUUGGAUGGCUCUGCACUGGGGGCGUUUAACUCGUGGGACCGAGACAGCAAUGAGCCAGAUAACAUACGCAAUCAAGACUGUGUUCGUUGGAAAGUUGCCAAAUGGCACGACAGAGCCUGCAAUGAGUUGAAACGGUUCAUCUGCCAAGUUGUUCCAAAGCAAACCUAG